AUGACAUCUAAGGCAACAGCAUCAAGCUACUAUAAUAGCAAUGUGAAAUUUAUUAUGUCAAUAAAUAAUUUGACAUUAUGCCAAAUCGAUUAUUUUAAAGCAUGUUGGUGUCAAUUAAAUGCAUCUGAACCAAUACAAUGUUCUUAUCUAUUACGCCAUGCGGUCUCAUAUUCUAAUUCGUCUUAUUUUUGUACUUAUCAUACAAUUCGACGAAGUAUUGAUUGUUGGAAUUCAUCAUACAUAUUAUCGAAAUCUUCUGCUUCAGAAAUUUAUAUCUAUUCAACAAUAUUAAUUUUUAUUAUUGGACUUUUAGGGAAUGGUUUAUCAAUAAUUACUUUACUUUGUUCCAAGCUUCGUCGUUUGAAUAUUUACAAAAAUUUAACCAUUUUUUGCUUUUUAAACAUAUUAUAUUUAUUAUCAGUAUUAAUUCGUUAUAGAAAUAUCUAUCAUCAAGAUUUAAGAAGCGUUUCAACAAAAUUCUGUCAAAUACAUACAUUUAUUGUCGCUUUUAUUGGUCAUCUUUGUUCGUGGCAACUUGUUUCAACAAGUAUUCAACGUCUAUAUGCAUUGCUUAGUUUAAAAUCACAACGGACAACAUCAUGGAUACAAACGUGCAGAAUAUUUUUUAUUUAUAUUGUCAUACCUUUAUUGGUUUUCGAUGCUCAAAUUCUUUUUAAUUAUGGUCUUUUAAAAAAAACUCAUAUUUGUAAUGAAAUAUCGAAUGAUCAUGUAAAACAUUAUCAAGAUGCAUUGAAAUAUCCCAUUGAAAGCUUGAGAAUUUCUACCAAUACAUCUAUUAAGUAUCAUAUACUUUCGAACGGAGUUCAGUCAAUCAAAGUUAAAAAACAUAUAUGUACUCUUUGGAACACAUUUGAUACAUUUCUCUACGCGAUUAUACCGUUUAUAAUAACAUUAAUAUGUAAUGUUAUUAUUAUAUUUAAAGUACUCGAAAGACGUCGUUCAGCAACAAUCUUCGGUGGACUAUCUCAUAUAAAUAGAUGUUCCACCGCCUCAUCAGAUCAUUUGUCAGUGUUGUUAAUAACAAUUAAUAUUCUAUUUAUAAUUAUGACUGGCCCAUUGAAUGUUUGUCUUGUCAUACAAUCGAUUCAUAAAUGUUUAUUAAUGAAUUCAUCAUCAACGAAAUUGUUUGCUACUUUAAAUGAAUAUUUACGUAUACUACAAAAUUUCUAUCACGCGUUGUCAUUUAUAUUUUAUUGUCUUAUUGGAAAGAAAUUUCGAAAUUCAGCUAAAUUUACAGUUCGAACAAUUUAUUGUAAAUUAAUUGAUUAUGUUAUAUCCGAUACUUGUUUAAAAACGUCGUUGAUGUCAUGUUACUUCGAUCGAAAGCAUUCAUCAAAUGCCGAGUCAACAAUAUCAUCCAGCAGUAGGCCAAAUAAAAGCAGACAAUUAGCAGAUGAAAAAAGAAAAAAGAGUUCUUUAUCUCUGAAUAUAAUGCAACCAAUAAUAGACAUUACUAAUAAUAUAAGUCCAAAAAAUGUAAUCACUUUAAAUACAUCUGUUUUAUAA